GGCAACGAUUUCUGAGUCAUUUUUGGGAUUUUUUCUCCUGUUUAAAAAUGGCAAAUGACGAAAACCAAGAUGGUUUAAAUGAAGACGUCGAGAGGUCAGAAAAACAAGGGAAAAGAGAUCAGGGCGAGCAGGCGCAGCUUAGUAAGACGAAGAGAUAUACCGUUGAGCCGGAGAAGGUGAACAUUGGAGUUCAAGCGUUUGAAUCAGAAGAUCAGAUUAUGGUUAGUUAUUUUGAGCCUCCGCAGGCUUACGACUCCCAGGAUUCCUUUUGGGAUCAUAUAAAAUCGGACACAUCAUUGCCGCGACGAGAGUGGGAAACUGAGGACUAUAUAGAUUUUGAUGAUCUCCUGCCGAUGAUCGGCGAGUUCGGUUGGUUCCAGUUGAUUCUGUUCCUUUUCAUGAUUCCGUUCUGCUUUAUCACCGCCUUUGUGUAUCUGGGACAGAUAUUCUUGACCUUGACACCCCACGAUUACUACUGUUUUGUUCCCGAACUUGCGAUAAUCCAGAACGAAGAGCUGCGCAAAGAGCUCUCCCUUCCGAUGGAAACGGAUGGAUCCUUUAGCCGCUGCCGGAUGUACGACACCAACUACACAAAAAUACACUUUUCAGACGAUCCAACCGCUUAUGUCAAUUACUCGUUGCCAACGAUGCCUUGCAAUCGGGGAUAUGUCUUCGACAAGGCGGAUUAUGAGUCGGCCACAAUGGAAUUUGGCUGGUUGUGCGAAGACGAUAUGUACUCCACCUAUGCCCAGAUGAUCUUCUUCGUGGGCUCGAUUCUGGGCUGUGUGGCUUAUGGCUACUUUGCGGAUCACUGCGGUCGGGUUUCCGCCCUGGUCAGCAGUUGUUUUCUGGCCCUUGUCGGGAGUUUGGCCACCUCGUUUUCUGACAGCUUUUUCGCAUUCGCAGUCUCGAGAUUUCUGGUCGGCGCUUCCUAUGAUACCUGCUUUACGAUGGUUUAUAUUUUGGUUCUUGAAUAUGUGGGUCCGAAAUACCGAACCUUGGUUGCAAACUUAUCAUUGGCGCUUUUCUACUCCCCCUUCACGAUGGUGAUGCCCUGGAUUGCCCGUGCAGCUGGGAAUUGGCGAAGAUUCUCCUCAUUUUCUUCACUGCCCAUCAUUCUGUCGAUGUUCUCCUUCUGUGUCCUGCCGGAAUCCGCACGCUGGCUGGUUUCGGUGGGAGACAUCGACAGUGCCAUGGAGAUAUUGAAAAGAGUAAUAAGAAUAAAUAAAAAGUAUGUGGCGCCGCACAUCCUGCAAUACUUUGAAAACAGCUGCACCCAAUUCUACAAGGAGGAGCUCUACGGCCGUGAUUUUAACGUGAUCUCGAUCUUCAAGCGCAAGCGAUUGGCCCGCUAUAUGAUCCUGCUGAUUCUGAUCUGGAUGGCCAUGUCCUUGGUUUACGAUGGACAUGUGAGGGCAGCCAGUGUGCUGGAUACCGAGAAUGUCUUUCUGUUCUUCACCAUCGCUUGCGCCAUAGAGUUUCCGGGUAAUAUCCUCGUGAUUUUCACUCUCGAUCGUUGGGGACGACGCUGGUGCUCCUUUGCCUACACCACCUUGAGUGGAAUUUUCAGCUUGAUGGGUGCUGGUUUCGAGAAUCCAACAUACAUGAGAGUAUCUGCGCUCUUUGGCAGAUUCUUCGCCAAUAUCUGCUAUAAUAUCGGACUGCAGUGGGCAGCCGAAAUACUGCCCACAGUAGUGAGAGCUCAAGGAGUGGCCUUUAUCCACACGAUGGGUUUCGUAUCGCUGCUGAUGUCUCCACCGGUGGUGUACCUCUCCCAACUCUCCUUCUCCCUUAUGCUAAUUGUAUUGGGAGCAUUGGGAGUCCUGGGAGGAUUAUUGGCCCUGCUUCUGCCCGAAACCCUUAACCACGAACUCCCGCAAACCCUAAGCGACGGCGCUGAGUUCGGGAAGAACCAACGGAUCUGGCAUGGACCCUGCUGUGGACCGGGGUCAAGGAAGUCCCAACGCACCCCCACUUGGCGUCGGGGCUCCAGUUUGAGGACCUUGUCACGGGAGGAGUUCCGAUCGUCCAGGAUGUAUCGCAAAACAUUUUAUGUACCCCGGGAAAUGAGCCCGACGUCCAGCGAAACUAAGAGCUUUAAUGAAAAAGUAAUACGAACUUAUAAUUAUGGAAGAAGUAGUACGUAAAUUAAAUGUUUUUUUUUAAUCGAAGAAAAAUAAGAUGCUUC